CCAAAGCUCGCUUGGGCAUGCGCAGAGCGCGCUCCUGCUCUUCGUUCCGUUAAAGGCGUCGGGGGAACCCAGAGGAGAACAGACCCAAGGGGGAGGGAGGGAGGCAGCUCCCUUUUGAUGGGCCACCGACCGCUCAGGGCUCUUAUCCUGGCAGCUUCUGAAUUCCUUCAGCCCACCUGGAAAGGGCCUCUGAGCGUAUGCUGAGUGCCUUUUCCCUGCACAUCAUUUUUGGGUCAUUUAAAAAAGGAGUGAAGGUCCUCUGAGCAUGUGCAGAGCAGCUGGUCCAUCAGACAUGCAGGAAAGCAGGAGAGGUUUGCGUGUGUGGAUGUGUGUCGUCAGCCGUCCCCGGUUUUGCUGCGAACGUCUUGGUGGCCCUUCACUGUUAGGCAUUUCCACUCUAAACAGAACCUCAGUUUUCAGGAGCAGUCUAUCUGAGUGCCAGCCAGGCAGGGCCACUGUCUUUAGGGGCUUCUCAAAAGCAGUUGGUUGGUCAUGCUGGAAACAGGACGCUGAGCAAGCAGAGGGCCCUUCCGGCUUGAUCCGGGCAGCCUCCUUUGUCAGGAUCUAUUGCCAGCUAUUUACUGCCAGAGCAAAAAAAAAGAUCCUCCAUGUAUAGAGGCAGUUUGCCUGUGAAUAGCAGGUGCCAGAUGUUGCUACACUUUGUCCUCCUCCAAAGGUGUCCUUCUGGCAUUACAAAUUUUGUGACGGUUCCUUGAACAGCCUAAAAUGCAGUCACCUUUGCUCCUCCACUCCUGGCAGUUCCAGACAGAGAAGCCGCCAGGAUGGCUGUGCCGGGUGGCCAGGGCCGAAGCGUGCGCUCUGUGCUGGGCACCAUGGAGUUUGGGCGGAGGACUGGCCUGGAUGCCAGCCGGGUCCUGCUGCGGGCCUUCCUGGACCGUGGGCACUGCGAGCUGGACACUGCCCAUGUGUAUGCUGCGGGCGAGUCGGAGCGGAUCCUGGGCACUUUGCUGGUUGCGGAGCCUGCAGGGGCCAGGGCAGUCAAAGUGGCCACAAAGGCCAAUCCGUGGGAGGGCAACACCCUGAAGGAGGAGAGCGUUCGCUCCCAGCUGGAGACGUCCCUCCAGAGGCUGCAGAUGAAAAGCGUGGACCUCUUCUAUCUUCAUGCUCCUGACCAUGGGACCCCCGUGGAGGAGACCCUGCAGGCCUGCGACAAGCUGCACAAAGAGGGGAAGUUUAAGGAGCUCGGCCUCUCCAACUAUGCUGCUUGGGAAGUAGCAGAGAUCUGUACCCUCUGUAAAUCCCACAACUGGGUCCUGCCGACGGUGUAUCAGGGCAUGUACAACGCCACCACGCGCCAGGUGGAGUCCGAGCUUCUGCCCUGCCUUCGGCACUUCGGAAUCAGGUUCUAUGCCUACAAUCCUUUGGCUGGAGGCCUUUUGACCGGGAAAUAUAAAUACACAGACAAAGACCUGAGUCAGCAGCCACAGGGCAGGUUUUUCGGCAACAACUGGGCACAAAUCUACAGGGACAGAUACUGGAAGGAGCACCAUUUUCAAGGUGUAGCCUUGGUGGAAAAGGCACUCCAUGAGGUGUAUGGACCAGACCCACCAAGCAUGACCUCAGCUGCUCUGCGCUGGAUAUAUCAUCACUCAAAGCUCCAGGCGGACCGUGGGGAUGCCGUGAUCAUCGGCAUGUCCACUUUGGAGCAGCUGCAGGAGAACCUCAAGUGCAGCGAAGAGGGUCCCCUCCAGGAAGGUGUGGUGAAAGCCUUUGAGAAAGCCUGGCACCUCAAUGCCCACGAAUGCCCCAACUACUUCCGCUGAACUGGAGCCGCCAGUAUGGAAACAGAGCCGGUUGUAUUUUAAGGACAUCAGCAUCACUGUUUUCAGAUAUCCUCUUGCUGCCUUCCUCCCCCACCCUGUCCUCUUCGGUGAGGCUACGGGGGUCCUGCCGCUGUUGCCUUCAAUCAGUAGCAUUCCUCACCCCCAGGUUUAAAAAUUAGUAUGAAUAAUUUUUGAUGUUUAUAGACUUUAACUGCCUUUCCACAAGAAAGGGAUAAUAGUGUGAACUUUCAAAUCAAAAAAGUUAUGCAAGAAAUGGACUAUUCGUGUUCCCCCUGCCUUGAAUUAAAAAUAAUAAUAAACCUAGUUCUAUCUGUA